AUGGGUGAUACUAGUCGUGCUGAUGGCUCUCAAUCCGACAACUUCUUAAUCUCCGGGGCCGGAAAAUUUCAGUGGUCGCUCGACUGUGACUGGGUCGGCAACGACAUAGGCCGAGCGGCCGGCAAGGGCGAGACCACGUGCUGGCUCAAGGGGGCCAUCAACGCGACAGAGCUGGUCCCCGCCACUGGCACGUCGUGUGGUUACCGCGUUACCGACAGCGCGACCGGCAACCCGUACACGGCAGUCCAGCAGUACCUCAACCCGGGGUACGCGGCGAGCGUGAAUGCCGCGGUGCGCGCCGCGCUUCCCUCGAAAGCGCCGUUUUUCGCGAGCGUGGCGCAGUAUGCGACGGCUCUGUGGCUCGACACGAUGGCUGCCCUAGAUCCCAUCCCCGGCCACCUGAGCGACACGGCGACUCAGGGGGGCGGCAAGGCGAUUCUCGUGCAAUUCGUGAUCUACGACCUCCCGGGCCGCGACUGCAAGGCGUGGUCGUCCAACGGGGAGAUUCCCAAGGGCGGCCUCGACACGUACAGGUUCAAGUAA